AUGUUUGACAAUUUCGACGAGGAUAUCAACAUGAUUCCUAACAGGAGCCACAAUGUUCCUAUCAAGGACCUCCUAGAGUUGGCCAUUCCAACAGAAGGUCCUAGACCACCUGUAGCAAUGGUUGUCAAGCAAUUUUUGUUGCUAGUGACUGGUUCGCUGCUCGUGCCAACAUUUGCUCGGAGGUGCAAGCUAGACUUUGCCCCAUACAUAGGUGGGAGUUUUGAGGACAUUAGGGUUUAUGAUUGGUGUAUCUUUAUUGUCCGUGAAAUUAAGGUAGAGUUGACCUGUAGCAAGACGAAAGAACAUGCUGCAAGGGCGGAUGGCAAGCUGUGCAUGUGGGUUCUCGGAGAUUGUUACUUCUUGAUACUCCAUCUGUUGGAUCCCUAA